ACGUGAAGGCAUCAUCUCCAACUGCCUGAGCCAUCAUGGCGAUGUGGAGGCCGACCUCUGCUGCGCCGUCAAACUCGAUUCGGGACCUCUUCUCGCUCUUUUCUGCAUAAACUGCUCUCGUUUGCUUUGGAUACACUUUGAUCAAAUCUGCAUUCAGAGCUCGUCCACUGACGACACCCCGAGAGCAGAGCGAUGGAGAAGCCCGUUCUGCAGACACAACCAUCCACCUUGCCCUUCUUUGAUACGUCCCACGCAUUCAACCUGCUGCGAGGAAUCCACGAACUCCGCGCCGAGCGCAAGUUUUUUGACGUGACUUUGUGUGCGGAGGGCAAAGAGUUCCACUGUCACCGCACCGUGUUGGCUGCUGCGAGCACCUACUUUCGAGCGAUGUUUGCAGGAACUUUGAAGGAAAGCGUCAUGGACCGAGUGGUUCUCCACGAAGUGUCGGCAGAGCUUUUGGGCUUACUGGUGGACUUCUGCUACACAGGACGGGUCACAGUCACUCAGGAUAAUGUGGACCUCCUGCUGAAAACGGCGGAUUUGUUUCAGUUCCCUUCGGUCAAAGAGGCCUGCUGUGCUUUCCUGGAGCAGCGGCUGGAUGUUUCCAACUGUAUGGAGAUCCAGGACUUUGCUGAGGCCUACGCUUGCAGAGAGCUAGCAACAAGUGCACGCCGCUUUGUCCUCAAAAACAUAAUGGAGCUGGCUAAAGGGACGGACUUUGAGCGUUUGCCAUUUAAGCGCCUCCUCGAGUUCAUGUCAGACGAUGAGCUCUGUGUGGACAAGGAGGAGACGGUUUAUCAAAUAGCAGUAUGGUGGGUUAAAGCUGACCUCAAGCGGCGGUUACAUUACUGGCCCGAGCUCCUACAGCAGGUCCGACUCCCGUUCGUCAGGAGAUUCUUUCUUUUGGCCAAUGUGGAAAGUGACCCCCUUGUCUACCUUUCCCCCACCUGCCUGAGGUUGGUAAAUGAAGCGCGAAGCUUCCAGUCUUGUGAAUACGACCGCCAUGACAGACCCUGCCACCGGAUGCGUCCACGGCCGUCCACGGGACUAGCGGAGAUCCUGGUCAUCAUUGGAGGUUGCGACCAGGACUGUGACGAGCUGGUCACAGUGGACUGUUACAACCCCCAGACUGGACAGUGGCGCUACCUUGCCGAGUUCCCUGAUCAUCUCGGCGGAGGCUACAGCAUAGCUGCGCUCGGAAAUGAUAUGUUUGUCACAGGGGGCUCUGACGGCUCUCGCCUCUAUGAUGGCGUGUGGCGCUACAAGUCCAGUGUGAACGAGUGGACCGAGGCGUCGCCCAUGCUGAAGCCCCGCGAGUACCACAGCUCCUGCGUACUGAACGGUCACCUGUAUGUGGUGGCCUCCGACAGCACAGAGCGCUACAAUCAGGCUCUAGACUGCUGGGAGGCCCUGCCGGCCAUGCUCCACCCCAUGGACAACUGCUCCACCACUGCGUGCAAUGGACGCCUGUACGCCAUCGGCUCCCUUACCAAUGAGGAUACCAUGGCCAUCCAGAGCUACGAUCCUGGCACCAACCGCUGGACCAUGGUCAACCGUGGACAGCUGCCUCCGUGGUCUUUCACACCAAAAACGGUGACCCUGUAUGGCCUCCUUUACUUUGUUAGGGAUGACUCAGCCGAGGUGGAUGUUUAUAAUCCUCAAAAGAACGAGUGGGACAAAAUUAGCCCAAUGACCCAGGUGCACGUUGGGGGCAGCAUCGCCGUCCUGGGGGGGAAGCUUUACGUGUCCGGUGGUUACGACAACACGUUUGAGCUGUCGGACGUGGUGGAAGCGUACGACCCAACGGCCCGUGCCUGGACGGUCGUCGGACAGCUCCCCCAGCCCACCUUCUGGCACGGCAGUGUCAGCAUUUUCCGCCAAUUCAUGCCGCUGGUGUCCAGCCCCUUCGAAGCCAGCUACCUGCCUGAGUCCAACGCCAUCCACCUCCACCGGCAUCAGCGCCACCAAGCUCUGCACAAUCUGAACAACAAUCUCAACCAGAACCAGGACGUGAAUCCAGCGCACUGAGUUCAGACAUCGGGCUCUCUUUAUGCUCGCCGCCUGUGUUUUUCCUGAAGCGGAGAGGACGUCCACGUCGGUUUGAUUCAGCCAAACUGGCGUGAAAUCAGUCAAGGCUGUAGGGAAAAGUCUGUGUGUUCCAGCAGCUGUAAUCCAAAACAAAACAAAAAAGUUCCAGAAUGUAGAAAAUGACCGCAACAUUUAGACCUGCUCCUCUGAAUGCGUCACCUGCUGCACCAUGUGACCCACUGAAUGGAGAUUUUAGACUCUGGUUGAAAAAAAAAGACACACAAAAACAAAACCUUGUCAAUUAUUCUACUUUUUCUCAAAAGACAGCAUUUAAAGCAAAAAGUGCGUGGUUAUUUAAAAAAAAGAUCUGUAGAAGCUAUAGCAUCUUCAAUUGAAGUGUAAGAUGUUAUAUUUAUGGUACCUGCAUGAGUCUGCUGUGUUGUGCUCAACUAAUGAAAGCUACUUGAACAUUUCCCAAAAGCAAUCAGCUCUUUCAACCUUGAAAGAUUGUACUUUUUAUAAUAUUUUCAAAAGGUGGGAGGGGCUUAAGUGAAGGAUAUGAAGUGCUUUAUAGAUGUUUUAUAUAUGCAGCGACCGGAGCGUGCUCAAUGUGAAGAAUCAGGGACGCUAACGGCUCAAAACAAACGGAGGACAAUUCGUCACUUUAAAACCAGCUCAAACCUCAAAAUGUAUGUUUUAGGAAGGGCUGGGUGAUGUGGUCUGAAAAUAAAAUCAAAUUCCAAUUUUAAUCCAAGUUUUUCCUACUUUCUUUUACAAAAAAUGAUAAAUAUUAGAUUUUUUUUUUUUUGCUGAAUCAUUGUCCGUUUGUGGCAUGAUUUUGUACGUGUUGGGGGGAGGGAAAAAAAACGUAUUUCAUUAAAAGGAUUUGUCCAUGUAUGAAAUGUCACAUAUGAGCAUUGAUCUGCAAUGACAAACCAAUCCAUUCAGGAAAAAACACAAAAAACGUUUCUUACAAAAAGAGAUGAGAUGGAAGUGGAAGAUCAAAACUUCUUGAACCCAAUAGUGAUCCAUUUUUUUAUUAGUUGCAACUGAGAAGCAAAAGAAUUGUUCUUUUAAGUUAGGUUUGUCAAUGUAGGUCAAUGCGUGUAUUCGUGUGUUUGUGUGAUGUUUUACACACGGACAAAACAUUUUUACAGACUGAUCAUUUCUUUUCUACAGAUACGAAACAUUUUUACAAACUCAAAAACUCUUUGUUCAAGUACGAAACUUUUUUCUUUUAGGAACAGACAAGACUUUAACAACUUCAUUUAUAUUUACUAAAAGCUUUUAUUUUGACAUCUCCUUGGGAGUUUUGUAGAGCGAAGCACUUUUACCCCAUAGUACCUCUGUUUCAGGUGUUCUUCCUUUUGGUGGCAGCAGGCUUCAAGCUGAAUUUUUUUUUGCUUGCAAGUUACAAAACUAGACCUGUUCCAUGUGACUGAAAAUACUGUUCAUUUUUUUAGGAAGAAGCUCUUCCUUGCUAUUUGCCAUUUUAACGUCUGGGCGGAAGACCUUAUUCCGAGCAACAGAACCCCAAGAGAGCACGGUGCUAGGGAAAAAAAUCCAGAUUUUCCCCAAAAUUAAUAUUCUUAAAUGGCAAAAUUGAAUUGAUUGAUACAAUCAGGUCAAUUCUGCUUUAAAUGGUUAAUUAAUCCCAAAGACGGUCUGAUUUGCUUAAAGGUCACCAUGUUGGAGUCAGAAAUUGUCAGUAACGAGGGAUUGAUCCGAGUCAUCGUUUCUAUGACAAAUAUGUCUAUGAAGACUCUCAUUCAUCCAGGCUGAUUCCAUCAUAGCAGUCGGUUUAGGGUAAAACGAUAAGAGGUGAAACGUCUUCUAACUUUAAAAACUAAGUCCAGAUGACAGCCCCUAAACCUACUGCUAUGAUGGUUUCUAUGACAACCACUCUCAGGAGUGAACUUGUUGGAAGGCCACACUCCUCCCACUUGGGAGAAUCUGGUUUUAUUAAGGCGUCUGAUUAGUCAGUUUAUAACUUGUAUGUUAUAUAAAAUGUUUUAAAAAAAUAACAUUAACAAGAACAAUAGCUGUUUAUGUCUCUAUAGAAGUCAAUGGAAUUUUGGAUUCUUGAAACCAGCAGGUACUUCCUGUUUGGAACACAAAGAGGGAGGGGCCUCUCAGUUCAGUUAUCUUAUACAGUCAACAGAAAAUACACACCAAAAGAGUUUCCCAAACAUCAGUUUAGUUUCUCCAAAUUACUUCUGUGAUGUUUCGACAAUCAAACUACAAUUUGCCAUUAACUCCUUUUUUUUCUGUUGGUAAAAUAUUUCCUGUAAACUCAAUAUUUUUGCACUAAAUCUUUUUUUUCGUUUGUGAUUGUUUGGAAUGUUGUAUUAUGCCUCUUAAUUAUAACAACCACUAAUCACAGAUUUGCUUUUUUUUGGUCCAUUUUAACUUUUUUUUUUUUUAAUCUGCUUAGGUAAGGGGUGUUGUUCUCAUUACUGCCCCCUACAGCCAAAGUGUGAACGGUGCAGGUUUCUGUGAGGUACUGAGGUAAACAGCUAAUGUGCAGUUCAAAUGCUGAGGCCCUGAACAGUUGUGUAAAUGGAUGCUGCAAUAGGAAAAAACAUAUUUCAAAGUUAAUGAGCAACAUGCUUGCAGCUUUAUAUUUCUUUUUACAGACAUUUUUAUUUUUCUAAAAUGUUAAUGUUAUGUGUUGCUUUUCUUUUAGACAGAAAAAGCUGGUCUUAAACAUUAAGUUGAAGUGCUUGGUUCCUGCCGUGGCCACAGGAGGCAGUAUCAUUCCCCUUCCACUCAGAACUACUUAACAUCAUCAAAGUGAAAUUAUUGACUUGCUGCCUCUUUUUUUUUUUUUCAUUUUUCAGAAUGAAGUCUGGAUCAGCCUGUUUCCACUGCACAUUUACUUUUUUAAAUCUGUGAGGUGAAGCUUAUCAGAUUGUGUUUACUAAAGAGUUGCAGUCAAAAGUCCGAUUGAAGGAGGAAAAAGUGGGUAAAAAAGGAACUAAAAACUGGAGCUUCUUUGUUUUUGCCUCAAAUGAACCCUCACAUUUGGAGAGGAAUGCAUUGGAUCAAGCAUGGUUGUGUGGGUUUAAAGAGUUCAUUAAAGAGACUUUGAAGAGAAA